AAUCCAAAAUUCAAAUUUCGUACUUUAUAAUAACUAAUAAAUAUUGGCUUACGUAUUUUUUUGUUUAUUCUGUAUUAACUAUACCACAAUCGACUGUAAAAGAAAAGUGUAUUAAAAAAAAAAAAUGUCCGAGGUGUCCGGAAAACGUCGUUCAAGUUUUUUUCCAAAACCUGUUGAAGAGAAUCAUGAAAAACAAUUGGAGCUGUUUAAGAAUAUGAAUUGGGUGAAUGAUGAAAAAGAAAACAUUAUUUCUAAUUCAAUAAUGUUUGGUGGUCUAGGAAAACAAGCAUUACAAGAAUAUACUCAAAAAUUGAUAAGUCGCAAGCAUGAAUAUCCAAAAUUGGUAUCUAGUAAACAAGAAGAACAAAUUCAUUUAAAAGAUAAAUUACGCAAAAGCAAAGUUGAAAUAAAUUGGGAAACUGCUUGUGAUGGAUUAACAGACUUUGAACGAGAAUUUACUUUAAAUAGACCUAACUAUAAGUGUUUAGUCGAAAAAAUCCAUUUACUCACCUUGCAUACAGCUCUAGUCAAAAGAUCCAAUCAUGAACUCCAUAAGAUUUUAAAUGCCUAUAAUAGGCGGGCCAAUGAAGAAAUAAAUAAAUUACAAGAAUUGUUUAUUGAUAAAAUUGUAGAGGACAGUGGUGUUGGUACUUCAUAUUACAGUAAUGAUACAAAUUUAUCAACCAUGGAUUUGUCUGAGGAUGAAUCCUUAAAAUCUAAUUAAAUUUUACAAUAUUUUUAAUAAUACAAAUUAAAUAAAAAAAAAAAAAAUGUAUUUGAUUUA